AUGACAAUCAGUCGGUACUAUGAACUUGUUGAAAUGCUUUUCCGUAAUGUAUCCAUAUUGCUAAUGUCGUUGAUAGUUUGUACACUUAUUUCUUGUAAAUAUCAUGGAAAAUCGAAGGAUCCAAAAUUCAUUGAUGAAAACGACCCUCAUGCUAAAACGUUAUAUAAUAUUAAAACCGAUAUUGCAUUCCCGAAAUGGGUAUCGAAAGAAAAGGGGCAAAACCCUCGAACAGAUUUAAUCGCCAUAAGUUGGAGUCACGAAUAUGAAAGCAACAUGCCAUCAUCUCUUUCACUAUCUCCCUCUACAACACUUUUAAAUUCCAAAAAAGACUUGAAGAGUUAUGAUGAUAUGCAAAAACCAAGUUCACCAAAUCCGCAAAAUCUACUGCAACAGCAGAUAUUGAUUGGCUCACAAAAAUAA